AUGAGCGAGGGGCGUCUGCAGCACUUGCUGCAGCCCAUCCGGGACUUGAGCAAGAAUUGGAACAUCGAUUUGGCCUCGGAACUCGAGGAAUACAUGGACAAACUCGAGAACCUCAACAUUGCGUUCGAUCCCGAGGACGGCGCUAGCAUCGCGAACGGAGAAGAACCUGGCGUCAUGAAUUUCGCAGAGGCAGCACUGCUAAUUCAGGGCACGAGCGUCAUUUACAGUCGCAAAGUCGAGUAUUUACAUGCUCUAGUGUAUCAAACACUGGCACAUCUGUCCAAACAGGACGAUAAGCAGCAGAACCAACAGAAUGGAGACACUGGAGAGGAGCAGGACAAAAAGGACGACGAAGAUGCAGAAGCUACGAGUGAAAAUCCACUCGAGAAGACUUGCAAACGCACAUUUUGCAAAGCUCCUUUGCUUGUAAAAACGUGCGAUGCAUUGUGGCAACGGGAGGCGAAAUGGAGAAGCAUCAUGCGUCGUUGUGAAGCUCGUGAGAAGCAGAGCGCUCAAGCUAUGCUGCUGCGUGAACAGGCCAUGGAAGAGGAGGAGGCAGACAACGAUCAGAUGCAGGCUUUGACGCUGUCAACAGCUACUGCUCGACUGGAUAUGGCGUUCCGGAACGAUGCGAAUGACAAUGAAGAGGAGGAUAGCAAUGGAGAUAACGACUAUGACGGUGGAUUUGAUGGCGAUUGGGACCAAGGUGAUUUUGAUGACCCUAUGAGCUCCUAUGAGGCUGUGGAUACUUCCGGUGGGCCGCUAACGUACGAGGAAAUCUGCAGACAACACUUGGCGUCCUUCAUGUCGGGCACCGAGAAGUAUGUGCGUGAGACAGACCUUAGUAAAAAGGUCAGUGAUUGGCAGGAUAAGCUGUCGCCGCUGUUGAAGCAACAGGAUACUCGCCCUCCGUUUGAUAUUCACCAGUAUGGCCGAGAAAUUAUCGGUCGUCUGGAAGAAGAACAGAAGAAUUCCAGUCUUGAAAAGCACACAAAAACUACGAAAAAGGCCCAAAACAAACGCGCGAGACUGGCAACAGAAGAAGAAGAGACUGAAACUGUGCCAUUCGAGACACUGGUGGAUGGCAAAAGUCAAUUUGAAGUGUGUCGACUCUUUUUGGCGUCGUUGCAACUGGCGAAUAGUGGAAAUGUGGCGCUUUCUCAUGCUCGUACGGCGGCAGAACACGGACAAGUGCCCUUCGAGAUGCAACUGCUUAGCACCGCCAACGUUUUCGAAGCACUGCAAGCGUAAUAUAUAUAUCAAAUGCAUACAAAAGUUUUUUUGGUGUCAAAAUAGUUGAAAUU